AUGUCGUCCAAAGUUCAGAGGAUUAUGGUCCAGCCGAUCAACCUGAUCUUCAGGUAUCUGCAGCAGAGAUCGACUGUCCAGAUUUGGUUGUACGAGCAGUUGGACACCCGCAUCGAAGGCCAGAUCAUUGGAUUCGACGAGUUCAUGAACUUGGUCCUGGACGGCGCUUUCGAGGUUGAUGUCAAGAAGGGCACGAGAAAGGAGAUUGGUCGCAUUUUACUCAAGGGAGACAACAUCACAUUAAUCCAGUCGGUAUCGGCGCCGGAAUCCUAA